AUGACGGUGACUGGUGGCAUGUCAGAGGAGAUGAAGCCAGAGAGCGUGUCGCUGCGUCCUCUUGGCACAGCAGCUGCCCCUGAGCCAGAGCUGCUGUGUAUCUUUGGGACUGGGGACUUGGGGCGCUCUCUGGGCCUGCGCCUGCUCCAGUCUGGCUACAGGGUGGUGUACGGCAGCCGCAGACCUCACAGCUGUGGCCCUUUGCCUCAGGGAGCUCAGGUGAUGAGCCACGCAGCAGCAGCUCAGUCGGCCAGUCUGAUCUUCAUUUGUGUUCACAGAGAACACUAUGACUUCCUUGAGACAAUGGCACCUCAUCUAGAAGGAAAGGUGCUGGUGGACCUCAGUAACAACCUAAAGAAAGACAUGUACCCAGAAGCCAAUGCUGCCUACCUGCAAAGGCUGGUCCCUGGAGCUGCUGUGGUGAAAGGCCUUAACACACUGUCUGCCUGGGCCCUGCAGAAUGGACUUCUGGCAGGAAAACAGGUGUACCUGUGUGGGAACAGUGCAGGAGCAAAGCAGGCAGUAGCAGAGAUGGCCACCAAGCUGGGUCUCACUGUUCUGGACAGGGGGUCUCUGUCUGCAGCCAGAGAACUGGAGGACUUCCCCCUGCAGCUGUUCCCAGAGUGGAGGCUGCCUCUACGAGUGGCCAUCGGCAUCACCGCCUUCUUCUUCUUCUAUCUGCUCAUUAGAGAUGUCAUCUACGCGUAUGUUGAACAGGGGAAAGACAUCUCCUUCAGAAUCAUGGUGUCCUUGGCCAACAAGGUGUUUCCCAUUGUGUCGCUCAUCAUGCUGUCUCUGUGUUACCUGCCUGGUGUCAUAGCUGCCUUCCUUCAGCUCUACAGAGGAACAAAAUACAGGCGCUUCCCUGACUGGCUGGACCGCUGGAUGCUGUGCAGGAAGCAGAUGGGGCUGGUUGCACUGGGCUUUGCUUUUCUCCAUGCCAUCUAUACAUUUAUCAUUCCUAUUCGCUAUUCUGUCAGACACAAACUCAUCUCGCUCGUGGUGGAUGAGAUGAAGGACAAUAAGACCACCCCGUUUUACUUUGAUAAUACAGAGGCAUGGGCCACAGACUCAUUCUAUGUGCUGGGAAUCCUGGGUUUUUUUCUUUAUGUCCUGCUAGGACUAACAUCCCUGCCCUCUGUGGGAGGCUCGCUCAGCUGGAGAGAGUUCAGCUUCAUUCAGUCCAAGCUGGGCCACCUGACCCUGUCCAUAUGCACUGCGCACGGCUACGUUUACGGCUGGAACAAAUUUCUUAAACCCUCUACCUACAAAUGGUACACUCCUCCAGCGUUCAUGCUCUGUCUGAUUGUGCCGUCUGUGGUCUUGGUGCUCAAGGCGCUGCUCCUCCUUCCCUGCGUGGACCGCACCCUCACCCGCAUUCGACAGGGCUGGGAGAGGACUCAGCCGAGGGAGGAGAUGGGUGAGAGCAAGGUCACCAACCUGUGAACUCUGAAGUCUGUAGUUAUCAGGUUUGCUGAUUACUGAGGGGCUCAUUCGUUCAUUAUUUCAAGAGGGACAAAAAACUUAAAAUGUACAUAAGUAUACAUCUUAAGAAUAGAGAUGAGGCUAAAAUGGAAAAUAUUAGUAAUUUGUAAAUAGCCAUAAAGUAGGCAAAAAGAUUAACAACAUGUCAUGUUCUGAUUUUGCAGAAAGAAAUGUUGCUAUGUAGAACGAGUGACGCUUCGGACAAAAAAAAAAACAUCCAAAGAUAAUUUUGUCCAUGCUCAGUUGGUUUGAGAUUGUGUCCUUUAAUCAGUCAGCGCUGCUUACUCUCAACUGUGCAAUAGCCAAACAAAAGAAGAAAAAAACAAGGAUAGUUUAUUUCAGCCAAAUGGACACGUCUCCAUGGAUAUAAAUGUUUUUAAUCUCUAUUUCAUUUGAGCUAUGGAAAACAAAACAGAUUUCAUAUUUGUGCUGUAUCCUUUUCACAGAAUGUGGUGAAAAAAAGAUUGAUAUCCCCUGCUGAAAUCCAUUGUUUUGAUAAACAUAGGCAAUAGUUUCCGUUUCCCCUCUCUCCUCUCCCUUCAAGUGGUGCGAUUGUAUCCCUGAGGUUGCUCUCUAUGGAGGAUGUUAUUGAUCCCCCUGUUUUCUAACACAAAAUACCUUGCUGCCCAAACCUUCCUCCCUCUCAAGGGCAUCAAUACAUGUACACUUACAAUCACACACAGUUACAUAUGCACAUACACAACGAAAAGGAGAGUAAGGUUAAGCUAAUUAUAUUAUCACGUGCAGAGUCAACACACAUGUGCACACACAGAUGCGCACGUACAAGUGCCAAAACCAGAGUGUGUAACAGUGGAUAACACAUUGUGUAGCCAAAAGCAGACUCUGGAGGCAGAACAAGUGUGAUAAAAAAAAACUGUCUUAACUAGAUUUAAAACAGGGUUACAGUCAGAAACUAAUUCAGAAGCCUAAAGCAAGUAGAUAAUAGUCAUCAGAGGAUGUAAACGGAGGCAGACAGGAUGUAUAACUUGUAUAACUAAGGCAAGAUAGACAGUUUGGCAAAGACUGAAGAGGUGGCCUCUGUGUACACUGAUAACAGAUCAGUAGCAGCUGGGUACGCAGGUAACUUGAUAAGAGGCAGGAAACUCAAUACCGACAGCUGGUGGGCAGGUGCAGAAUGGCAGUUGUGGAAGAACUUAAGAGUCGAUUACGUACAACACUACGAUGAUCCACAGGCAGAAAAGGGAAGAGAGGAGGAUGGAGCAGCUGUCGCCGUGACGGUCUGGUGCUCCAAAAGAAAUAUGCAGCGCCUUUUUUGCCCAAAGCAGAACAUUUAGUCAGAGACAUCCUGUUAUCUAGCAUCUAACAAGAUUAUCUGCGCACACAAUCUGCAGCAAUCCCUCACACCCUCUCACAAUGUAUUAUUCUCCCAUUACCAAAGAGCCACUGUUGAUUUUAGCCUGUUUCCUGCUGUUAGGGUGUGUUGGGCUGUGUGUGUGUGUGUGUGUGUGUGUGUGUGUGUGUGUGUGUGUGUGCGCGUGCGCGUGCGUGCAUGCGAGUUCGUGUGUGUGCAUGUGUGCUGAGGUAUAAAUGAGAUAGAGAAUUCCAAUAUUGCCCUGGGAAAAAAUUUGUAUGUAGCAAUGUACAGAAAAGCUGUGAAACAAGCUAACUUACAUUCCUCAUAUUCAAUUUCACACACCUACAACCUUGAAACCCGUAACAAGAUUAUGCGUGUCCAGGCAUGAAGGCUUGACUCAUUCGAGCAUAAAUAAACAGCUGAAAUUGAGGGUAAGGAAACUUAUCAUGGACCAAAUUUAAUAAAGAGUUCAUGUGAGAUUCAUCUGUGAAAUAUGCACUUGGAUGUUGAAUGAUAUGUAUGUAACAACACUGAUAGUGGUCUGAAUGUUUGUCACAAAUUGCACAGCGCCAUGGCAAAGUUUGGACAUAGCUUCAGAUUUUCUACAUUUUGCUUUGUAACAAAAGGAUCAUUGAACCAAAUUACUAAACCUGUCUUGUCUAAGAGCUGUGAAGUUGUAAGAAAAUCUGUUUUUGCUUUUAUGAAUUAAAAAAUAAUAAUA